CUGGGACUGGGAGGAGGGCUUUGCGCUGUUUUGGACACGCUGGACGCCGAGCGGGAGCCACGCAGGAGCAACAGGGCCACGCCGCCGUCGCUGCCGCCGCCGCCGCCGCCGCCGCAGCAGCAGCAAGCGGACGCCGCCGCCGUCUUCCUGCUUUGCGGCUUCGACGCCAUGGAGCCGGCCUUCGGCGAGGUCAACCAGCUGGGCGGCGUGUUCGUCAACGGCCGGCCGCUGCCCAACGCCAUCCGCCUGCGCAUCGUGGAGCUGGCGCAGCUCGGCAUCCGGCCGUGCGACAUCAGCCGGCAGCUGCGCGUCUCGCACGGCUGCGUCAGCAAGAUCCUGGCCCGCUACAACGAGACCGGCUCCAUCCUGCCCGGCGCCAUCGGCGGCAGCAAGCCGCGCGUCACCACGCCCACCGUGGUCAAGCACAUACGGACGUACAAGCAGCGCGACCCGGGCAUCUUCGCCUGGGAGAUCCGAGACCGGCUGCUGGCCGACGGCGUGUGCGACAAGUUCAACCUGCCCUCGGUCAGCUCCAUCUCGCGCAUCCUGCGCAACAAGAUCGGCAACCUGGCGCAGCAGGGCGCCUUCGAGUCCGGCAAGCAGCCGCCGCCGCCGCCGCCGCCUCCGCCGCUGCCGUCUCACCAGACGGCGCACCAGCACGCGCACCCGGCGGGACCUCAACCCGCCGCCCUGCCCUACAACCACUUGUACUCGUACCCGGCGUCCAAAGUGCCCACGCCGUCGGGCGUGCCCGCGCUGCCGGGUCACAUGGCCAUGCACCGGAUCUGGCCCUCGUCGCACUCCGUCACGGACAUCCUGGGGAUCCGCUCCAUCACCGAGCAGCAAACGCUGACCUCGCCGGGGCAUCUUUGUUGGAUGCUUUCCAAAAAGUCUGCACGUCUUUUCUUGGACGCCGAGUGGCUGGCCCACAGCGAGCAGCUGUGUCACGGCGGCCAGCAUCCCGGCCUCCCGGCGGCCCACCACCCGAGCGUCAGCCUCCACGGGGUCCAGCGGCACCACGUCGGCCUCUGUGACCGCACGCACAUGGCCGCCGCCGCAGCCGCGGCCGCCGCCGCCGCCGGCCAGUGGCAGCUGUGACGGCGGCUGCCGGACCUCCCUGGGUCGCGACGCCGUCCGCCCGGCGGUCGCGGCUUCCGCGUGGUCUCCCCGAUGACAUUUUUUUCGAUCCCCUAAAUGAAGGACUACAGGAUUUUGUUUUUUGUCGACGAAACUAUCGAACUUCCCACGUGGCCGCGAACGCACCACGGAAUACUCCCGCAACAGGUGGACCAAACGCUGUCAUUCCGCGCAUGCGCAGAACUUCACCAAAUUGACACUCUGGAAAGGACGGGCAAAGAUGUUGCGUUCAGGGUGCUUCAUUUCUUUUCUUUCUUUUUUUUUUUUUUUAAACUUUGUUUCGUGCUUUACGGCAGUGAUUCCCAACAUUUGACCCGCGGCACACAUCUUACUAAAGGGGGCUGAGGGCUUCCUCUCAUGACAAUACGAAGUAAAAAUGAUAUUUACGAAAUACAUAACUACCAACAUUGCAAGUUUUAAACUCUGACAGGUAAACCUAAAAUGUUCAAACUCUUCUUUAAAAAAAAAGUAAGGAUGGGCAAGUAUAACUACCAUAUAUUGAAAUAAAAUCAGUACAAGCAUUUAGUUGAGUAGGCCUAGAAGUUGGCACUAGUACACCAUCGUUGUGUUAAGUGAAACUUCUUGUACAAAAGUUGUACUCACCCGGGAC